AUGUCGUCCGAACGCGAGCCUCUUCUCCCCACCCACGCACGCCAGGCCCGCCAGCGUGUCGAGGACUUCGGCAACAAGGCCGCCCGCGACGCCAAGGCCACCGCUCGUCAAUAUGGCGUCGACCCGGACAACCUCGAACAGCAGGCGCGCCAGAUCGCCCCUUCGCGCGACACGCUCUCCCGCAUAGCUCAGAUGAUCGGCGCUCUCAAGGCCGGCAAGCUGCCCAGCCAGAAGCAGAUCAACCAAUUCAUUGAAGCUGUCAUGUCGAGCCCCGUCCUUGACGAGCGCUCUGUUUCCGGUUCCACCAAGCUCAGCCAGCAGGGCGCGACGGUGCUGCAAGAUCUCAAGGGUAUCUUUGCCUGCAUCGAGCGCAUUGGCGAGAGCAAGAAUGGUGACGACAAGAUUCAGAAGUUUAUCUAUCAGACCUCGCAGGCUUCUGUCAACGUCACGGACAAGGGCGGCGUGUCGGCUAGCUUGCCGUCGGCCUCAUCUGUCGGUGCGGACGGACGUUUGCUCGAAGAGGCAAAGAAAGAUGCGGGCAAGGUGCUCGGUGAGAUUCAGCAGAUCGGCCAACUUCUCAUCACCUCCAAGGCCUUCCGCGACCUGCUCGCCGACAUUCAGUUCCUCCUCCGCGACCUGACUGCCGAUGCAGCGGCCACCGCUGCGCAGAAGGCCGGUAGUGCCGAGGGCAAGCUUCGACCCAGCGAAGAGGAGCGAAAGAAGCGAGGGGAUGCCGUCGAGGUGCGCCCUCCAUCCAAAAAGGAUCUGGAGAACGCCAAGGAGUCGGCCAAGCGCGGCGCCAAGCAGGCCCAGGACAAUGUCCAGGAAUCGGCCCAGCAGGCGGUGCAGUGGCUCGACGAGCAGACGCCGGACGAUGUCAAGGACGAGUUCCUCGAGCGCGUCAAGCAGAUCGUCGACAGUGUCGAGCGCGACCCAGACUUCAAGCGUGCCCUCAACGGCAUCUACGCCAUCGCAAACAAGUGGACCGACAUUGUCCAAGAUGUCGCGGCCAAGGCCAAGGAACAGACGGACAUCGACAUCGACUCGCCCGAGGCCGAAGCCAACGAAAACCUGCGUGAGGCUUUCCAGCAGCUCAAGCAGAUCCUCGAGACGUUUGCCAACCGCUCGCUCGAGCCUGUCGAGAAGUCGGUGAGCAACCUGAUCGACCACGCCAAGCAGAUUUACGACGACGAGACGUCCAAGGAAAGCAAGGAGUUGCACGACUUUGUUGAGGAUGUCAAGAAAUUUAUCGACCGUGCGCUCAACGAGGACGGUUUCAUUCGCACCAAUCGCUCCAACCGCAUGGCCUCGGACCUGUACGACCGCGCCCAGCGUCUCUUCAACGCUACGGGCAAAGAAGCCAACAAGCAGCUCUCGAAGCUGCGCUCCGACUUUGACGAGAGCCUUGACGAGAUCUCCAACUUUGUCCAGGGCGUCGAGGAAGACCCGGAACUGCGCGAGCUCGGUCAGCGCAUCGAGAAGCUCGGCGCCGAUGUCAACUUCAUCGACUUCGAGCGCAUCUUUGGCAGCGGACCCGGCCAGGGCGUCAUCAACCUGUUCAACGACCUGCGCAACCAGGCGGGUGGGCUGGUGCGCGACACGGUCGAGGUGUUUGUCCCGCGUCUGAUCAACGAGAUCAAGUCGAUCCCGUUCCCGCGCAUCGAGUUUGUCUCGCCCGAGGCUGACGUCGUGAUUGACGACCUCUCGCUCACCGCGUCUACCGCCUCCUUUGUUCCCGACCGUGUGCGCAUCAUCAACCGCAACGAUCUGACGCUCGACCAGCGCAGGUCGUCGUUUGGUAGCAACUUUGACGCAUACCUCUACCUCGAGAUCGACGGGUUGCGUGUCAAGGCGGCCGACGUGGCCUACUACAUCCACAAGAAGACAGGCUGGGUCGGCUGGGAGGAUUACGGUUUGCUCGACCUCGACCUCGGGGGCCGCGACGGUACGAGUUUUGUCGUCAAGCUCGAGAAUGCCGAUGACGACGACGACGAGUCGUUCUACAAGGUGAAGCGCGUCAGCGUCGACAUGUCGUCGUUCAAGGUCAAGGUGCGACAGACCAAGCACUGGUUCCUCAACUUCUUCCUCAUGCCCUUCGUGCGCCCCGUGCUGCGCCGCGUCUUCCAGCAGCUGCUGGAGGAGCAGAUCAAGUCGUGGCUCCAGAACCAGGACCGCUCGCUCUGGGCCGCCCAACAGCGCGCCAAGGUGAUCAACAGCUACAGCAAGACGGCCAUCCAGUCUGGAAGCGGCAUCUCGACCAAGGCGUACCUCAAGGCCAUCUUUGCACCCGAUACCGACGCCUUUGAACCCUACGGUCGCCGAUCGCAGCAACCGCGAAGCGAGCUCGGUCUCGCCGAAGGCUUCCGCGUCGAGGGACCGCACAACGAAUUCAAGCUGGCCAUUGGCGCGUCGUACUCGAAGCAGCUGCUGCCGGGACGCGGUGGGCCGUUCCGUUAUGCCAAGGAGAAGAUGGAGUACUACCGCAACGUGGAGGAGACGGUCAAGCAGGGCGUGCGCGAGUUGCGCGAGGGUGUACAGGAGGUGCGCGAGGGCGCCAACGAGGCGGUGCAGCAGGUGAGGGAGGGUGUCAAGGGCUUGGAGAGCGAGGCGAGGGGCAAGGGCGGCAAGGUCAAGGCCGAAGCCGACAAGUUGAGCGGCGAGGCCAAGAAGCAGGAGAGGCAGGAGAGGAGGGACAGCGGCUGGAGGAGCGAUGUCUUCUCGCUCACCGACGACAUCGACCUUUGA